ACCUACUAGUAAAUAUUCUUAUAAUCAGCCAAGCUAUACUGAUGACGUUAAUAAUGUCUCAUCUAAUGGCACUGUUGAAGAAUCAACGCUUAUUCAAACUCCAGAUGAUAAUACAAAUUUAUUUUCAUUAUUUAGUACUUCUAUUUUAGCUGUAUAUUUUAUGCUAACAGGGGAUUCAAGUUCAGUUUCAUCAUGGGGUUUAAAAAAUAAUUGGGCUUUAGCAUUUUUCUUAAUAUUAUCCGAAAUUGAACUUUUCUGGAUGUUACCCUAUCAAAGAAGAAAGAACAGUUGGUUUCCCGAAAUUUUAUAUUAUGAAGUCUCGGUUAAUGAGCUUAAAAAAUAUGUGAAAGAGGUUGAAGAUAAAGAAAAUUUGCUUCCUGCAAUUUUGGAAAUUUGUAAUAUUAAAGAUUCUAAAGACGAGUUGAAAGAGUUGAAAAAGCAAAUAAGUGAGGCAUUAAAUAAAAUUGAUAAAAUAGAUGAUAAAUUAAUUGAGCUUAUGGAAAAGAAGAAUCAAUGA